CACACCUGCCGGAGCUGCCUCCCUCCCCCUCUGCCCCCUCUUCCUCCCCCUCCCCAGCCAUGGCCAUGGACAUGGACAGCGAGCCGUCCACGCCGACCCAGCCCUCCUACUUCUCCGGCUGCAUGGCCUCCCCGGCGUGGCUGCCCCCGGGCGUGCGCCGGAGCCCCGCGCGCUUCCAGCUGCUCGCCCGCGGCGGGGACGACGCCGGCCGCGGCGGCCGCCGCGCGUGGAGGGGACUGCUCCGGCGGCUGGUGCGCGAGAGCAAGAGCAUCUGCAGCAACGCCUGCAGGGCGCCCGCCGCCGCCGCCACCUUCAAGUACGACGCCGACAGCUACGCCAAGAACUUCGACUCCGGACGCUGGCGCCCAUGCGCUGCCAACGCCGGCGGUGGCCACGCGCUCUCGCCGCUGCCGGGCGGGCGGCCGGUUGAUCAAUCCAGAAGCGAGAGCUAGCUUUUAGCUGUAGAUUCUUGCGUACCUUUUCCCGCACUUGUUUUUUUUGGUUAGUUCGGUUGUAGCUGUUGAUCUUGAGACGGUAGUUGCAACGCCGGUGUCGGGGAUGACGAUGACUUCAACAAUCACCAUGCCGUUGCUUGUACAGAGGAUUGGGGAUGUCUCAAGCAGAGUUCUCGCGAAACUAUCUCUGUAUGUCCGCCACCUGAUUCUCGAUUUCCUUGCCCUCAAGAUUUCUUGUGAA